AUGCUUUCUUUGAGAAGUGCAUGUGUCCAUCAAGGCUCACUGUUUGCGAACAAUACAUCAUGGAAACCAGACACCUGUCAAGACUGCAUCUGCUACAAUGAUAUUGUCAUCUGCAAACCCACUCGCUGCCAAAAUCCCCAGUGUGACUUUCAGAGGGGUCAACGCUUGAGAAUCCCACCCAACAAGUGCUGUCCAGAAUGUUUUGCACAGUUGCCCGGGGUCUGUCAGCAUGAAGGAAUGGUUUAUGGGCAUGACAGUCAGUGGAGUAAUUCCAAAUGUUCGGUGUGCACAUGCUCUCAUGGCAAGGUGACCUGUGGGCCACGUGCUUGUCCUUCUCUUAGUUGUGGGAAAGACCAGAGUCCUUUCAUCCCAGAUGGAGACUGCUGCCCUGUAUGUGCUCACAAUGGAGCCUCCUGCUCUUGGGAAGGCCGUCAGUACAGAGAUGGGGUGGAAUGGACAACCAGCCCCUGUGCAAAGUGUCGAUGCAGAAACGGUCACACUGAAUGCCUGGUUGCAGAGUGUCAGCCUGUUACAUGCAAAGCGAGUGAGAACCUGGUGGUCCAGCCAGGACAGUGCUGUCCUCAAUGUGAGCCGAAUCCCUGCAUGGAGGCUGGGAAUGAGUACAAGCACGGCAAGCAGUGGCAGAGGGGCAGCUGUACCACCUGUGUGUGCGAUCGCGCUCAUUCUCGCUGUCAGAUGGAGAAGUGCCCUCCUCUCCACUGUGAUAAGGGUCAGAUGAAGAUCAAGCGACCUGGGCAGUGCUGCGAAGAUUGUGUCUCGUCUAAAGGCAGCUGCCUCUAUGAGGGCAUCGUCCAUUACCAUGGCGAUAUGUGGAAUGGCACAGGUUGUGAGUUCUGUAUGUGUGAACGGGGUCAGGUGCUGUGCCAAAGGGUCGAGUGCGCCAGAAUGGAGUGCCCACAGGGAGAAAAACUGGUCCAUUUGCCUGGGAAAUGCUGCCCAGAGUGUAGGACAACAACCAGUUCCUGUACAUAUUCACAGCCACAUCAAAAGGGGCAGAAAGCCAACAUCAAGAGUUUUAGACGCCUCACUAAUCUAGAGAGCAUCAGAGAGGGGCUGUGUCACGAGUGCCAGUGUCAGGAGGGUCAUGUGACCUGUUACCAGCACUCCUGUCCCACCUGUCCGUUGGGCACUCUAACUAUACCUCACCCUGAACAGUGCUGUCCGGAUUGCAAUCCAGCAGUGCAGUGUCACGAGGACUGUUUGACAUGCUCUGGCACACCAGAUCACUGUGACAGCUGUCAGGAUCCUUCUGCCCUGUUGAUGAAUGGACGCUGUCUGCAGUCAUGUCCUGAAGGCUUUUUCGCUCAGGGCAAAUUUUGUGCAGCCUGCCAGCCGUCAUGUGCCACCUGUGAGAAUGACUUUGAAUGCACAGCAUGUGGUGGGUUCUUUCUCCUCAGUGGCAGGCAAUGUGUGACCACCUGUGAGAGAGGUCUGUUCCAGGACCACACACACUGUCUCAGUUGCCAUGACUCCUGUUCAUCUUGCCAGGGGGCGGGGCCUCAAGAUUGUUUGACAUGCUCAGACCCCUCCCACUUACUGAAGGAUGGAUUCUGUGUUUUGGAUUGUGGUCCAGGCUUUUAUGCUAAUCAAGGCAGCUGUUAUGCUUGUGACGCUUCCUGUGCAACGUGUCAACCUGUCAACCCCACUUGCAUGAGCUGCCCCCCUGAACAUGCACUGCAUCAGGGGAAAUGUGUGCCACAAUGUCCACCACAGUAUUACAAGGAUGACCAUGGCCAUUGCCAAGCCUGCCACAGUUCGUGUGCAUCCUGCUCAGGGCCAGCUGUGUCUCACUGCACCUCCUGCUCAAAGUCUCUCAUCCUGAACCAAGGCCAGUGUGUGGAGUCCUGCGGAGAGGGCCUGUUCUCCAGAGGGGGACACUGUCACAGGUGUCAUGCAUCAUGUAGGGUCUGUGUGGGUCCGGAUUCCUCAGACUGCAUGCAGUGUGUCAAACAGGAAGAGGUUAUGCAGCCUCAGAAUGGGCAUGUCUCUCACGGGUCCUGUAUGUCUGCCUGCAGACCACAGCAUUACCUUGAUGCAGAUCAGACCUGCAGAGAAUGUCACAUCUCAUGUUCAGGCUGCUCUGGUGGAAGUUUCCAGAAUUGUACUUCCUGUAAACGCCCCAGUGUCCUUCAUCAAGGGCAGUGUCUCGAUAAAUGUCCCCAUGGUUUCCAUGUUCAGGACCGUACUUGCCAAGCCUGUCAUUCAUCAUGUAAGGAGUGUACGGGCCCGUCUCAGGCUGAAUGUUCUGCUUGUCCGGCCCACGCCAGUCUACAUAACGGCUACUGUCGAACCAGCUGCCCUGAGGGCCAGUACCUGAAUGCUGUAGGUUACUGCAUUGAGUGUGAGGAGGGAUGCCAGCGAUGUGUGGCAGACCUGCAUUCUGGCUUUGGCACUGUGUGUUUGUGGUGUAAGUUUCCCAGGAUGCUGCUGCUGGGAGAUCACUGUGUACCACAGUGCCCACCCAAAUACUACCGGUGGCACAGAGCUUGCAAAAAAUGUCAUUCUUCCUGUGAGGAGUGCAGUGGGGAUGGUCCUCACUCCUGUACUUCCUGUUUGGCCCCUGAGGUUCUGGCCCCAUCAGGUCUCUGCAGCCCUCGCUGUCCAAAUGGAUAUUAUGCUGAUGAAAACAGGGUGUGCCAAAUGUGUGACGCUCAGUGUCUGAGCUGUGAGAUGGCGGGUGUGUGUACGUCGUGUAGCGAUCCAGCUAAAGUGCUUCUGUUUGGGGAGUGUCAGUAUGAGAGCUGUGCUCAUCAGUACUACCUGAACACCACCACACGCACAUGCAGAGAGUGCGACUGGAGCUGUAACGCGUGCCGCGGACCCCUGCGUAGUGACUGUCUGCAGUGCAUGGAGGGAUACGUCCUGCAGGAUGGCAUUUGUGUGCCGGGUUGCUCACCGGGAUUCUACCAGAAUGCUGAGAGAUGUCUGAGCUGUGAUGAGCAUUGCGAGCAGUGCCAGGUCCAUGGCCAAUGCCAACUCUGCCAGUUGCCAUAUGCCAUGUUGAAUGGGCAGUGUGUGCUGGAAUGCGGCAAGCGCUACUUUCUAGAUGCCUCGACCCGUCAGUGCACCGCAUGCUCAGCUGGUUGCUUGGAGUGUGUGAGUGCAGGUGAGUGCCGUGUCUGUGCUGAGAACUCCUUCCUGAAGGGUGGCCAAUGCAUCGUGGACUGUGGUCACGGAUACUAUGCUGACCGAAAAACAAGAGCCUGUCGGGCAAACAGCCGUGCUCCAUCUCUUUACAUCAAUGGCUCUCUGCUGGUUCCUAUUGGUGGAGUUAAGCCUCUGGAUCCGGCACUCCUGUCAAUCAAGGAUGCAGAUAGCCAGUCAGAAAGCAUGUUGCUCCAGCUCCUUCAGCCACCCAGUAACGGCCAUCUCGUGGUCCUGGAAAAUGACAGAGAGAGAGCACUGGGCAGAGACGACACUUUCACCUUGACUCAGCUCAAACGUAGAGCUGUGCGCUUCAUUCACGAUAAAGAGCAACCCAAAAGUGGGCAGUUCAUGUUAAGAGCAGCAGAUCCUCAGCUGUUCUCUCAGCCUCAGAGUGUUCCAGUGCAGGCGCUCUCCCAGCAGCCACCCACUGUGAUCACCAACCAAAUUCUGUACAUUAACUCUGGUGAGACAGCCGUCAUCAGCAGAUCUAUUCUUCACAUCAGUGACCUCGAUAAUCCACAAGACGUUUUCAUCACGGUUCUGGAUCCGCCUCAACAUGGCCACCUGACACACGUGCAUGGUGAUGUGCAGGUGACCCAUUUUAAACUGGAAGACCUGGAUCGUGAGCAGCUGCAGUAUGUACAUGACGGUUCAGAAGGAGACCAGGACAGACUUCUGCUGCAGGUCAAUGAUGGGCACAGCUACCAGAACAUCCUGUUUCACAUCAGCAUUGCGCAAAAGGUUGGAUUGACUCCUCACCUGCGUUCAGUGCCCAGGACCUGGGUGAGGGAGGGAGGAAUGGUGCGGCUGUCUAAGAAGUGCCUCAGUGCUCAUUUCCAAGGAACCAGUGACUCUGAAAUCCUGUACACCAUUCAUUCUGAGAGCGGACAGCCCAAAUACGGAGAGAUUGUGCUGGUGUCUAUGCCCGCUGACGGUCCUGUGGAGGCAUGGCAGUCCUUCCCAGAUGCUCAGGACACCACACCAACCAGCUCAUUUACACAGCAAGAUGUUAAUGAGGGGACUGUCUGGUACAGACACUAUGGAUCCGGAUCACAGAGAGACACUUUUCAGUUUCAGGUUUCAAGUGAGGUCUAUCCAGAGACUCUGAGUGAUACGCAGACCUUCAGUAUAGGAGUGAUGCCUCAGACCCCUGGCCUACCUCAUCUCUCACCUGGAGCCGACCUGCAGAUCACUGCACUGGAAGAUCGCGUGACUGUGAUAUCUCCUUCUGCUCUCUCCUUCACUGACUCUGAGACGCCCAGCGACAAGCUUGUCUACAACACCACCAAAGCCCUUACCUCAGGCCACGGUACGCUGGAGCACAGGGACAGACCUUACCAUCAUGUGCGUCUCUUCACACAGGCUGAUGUAGACCUUAAGUGCUACAAAGAUCAAGGUGGGCAACAGUUAGCAGUGACGGAUGCUGAUACGGCCCCUGACGAACUAGAGUUUGAAUUGGUGGAGGGGCCGCUACAUGGGACCCUCCUGAGAGUGGACCUUGGUUCCCAGGUACAGAUGGUCAAUGGGGACACCUUCACCUCCAGUGACGUCACCAGGAAUGUUCUGCAGUAUGAGCAUGCGGGUCUCACCACUGAGGAGGACUCCAUGACUUUCUCUGUGACGGACGGGAUCUCCAUGACCUCCAUCACGCUGCAGGUCUUGGUGUCAGAGGUCAAAGGUGACGCACCCAAACGUGACCCUAAGGCCCUGCUGUCAAUGGAGGUGGCGGAGAAGAGCAGCACAAUCAUUAGACGUUCCCAGUUAGCUUAUGUGGAUGACGAAUCUCCCGAUGAGAGAGUUUUUAUGCAGUUAGUUUCUGUACCAAUGUAUGGGAUCCUUACCAAAACCAAGGCUGAAACAAACCAUGAAGAACUUAGUGAAUAUUCCUCCUUUACAAUGGAGGACAUCAACAACCACAAAAUCAGGUAUGUUACAUCCUUUGAAACGGGUAACCAGCCUGUCACUGACAUUUUCCACUUCGUUGUUUAUGAUGGUGAGAACAAUCGUUUGGAGAACCAGAUGUUCACUAUCACCAUCACGUCUAUCCAGAGGCAGCCACCUGUUGUCACCGUGCGCAGUGGCAUUAAGGUUCAAGAAGGAGGGAGGGUCCAGCUCUCAGCCAAUCACAUUAUUGCAUCUGACCCAGACACACCCAGAAAGGAUCUGCUGGUGUGGCUUAUCAGCCCACCAAAGUAUGGCUUCAUUGAGAACACAAAACAAGCAGCGAUUGGUGGAUCUCGCGUGAUCAGCCCCGACGUUCCCUUCACUAUAGAAGACCUCACCUCAGACCAUAUCUUCUACAAUCAAAACAUCCGCCAAGCUAACAUCCGCCAGGAUGUCUUCAGCUUUUACAUCAGUGAUGGAUCAAGCCAAACUGAGGCUUUUGAUGUCACCAUAGACAUCCAGCACACCAAGGAAGACAGAGUCCCAAUUAUCUCAGUAAACAGCAUCCAAGUGGAGGAGAACUCCGGUGUGGUCAUCACUAACUCCUCCCUGAAUGUGCUGGACCAGGACACACCUGAAAAUGAGCUUCUCUUCGCCCUCAUCAAGAAACCGUCAUAUGGGAAGCUACGCAGAAGGCAGUUCUACUCUCAACCUUUAGAGAAUGGCAGGAUUCUUCAGCAAGGAUCCACCUUUACUUACCAGGAUGUUCUAGAUGAGCUGCUGGUCUACACCCCAGAAGGACGUGGCUCUGGGACAGACGAGAUCCAGUUUUCAGUAACAGAUGGCAUAUACACGGAGACCGGUCGUCUGGAGUUCAGCAUGGAUAUUAGGAAGCGAGAAGGCCCUAGAGUUACAAUCAACAGAGGACUGCAAAUUGCAUCAGGUUCCUCAUCUAAGAUCACAGAGCAGCAUCUGAAAGGGAUGGACGUAGAUUCAGAUAACCUUAAGCUGCGGUUCACCCUCACUAAAGACCUGAGCGUGGGCUCCCUGCUGCUGAAUACAGGCAGAAACAAGGCUCAGAUAUCCGUCAAAGGACCUGUCACCAGCUUCACCCAGGAUGAUAUCAACAAAGGACAUGUGGAAUACAUUCAUGAAAAGGGAGAAAGUGGAGGCAGCUUCUCUUUCAAGUUCAACCUGGAAGAUCCCGAGGGAAACCGAGUCAUUGACCAAUCUUUCUUCAUUAGUGUUCUGGAGGACAGACAUCCUCCCACAGUGGUGGUUAAUAAGGGUUUGGUUAUGGAUGAGAACACCUUGAAGAAGAUCACAACACUGCAGCUGUCCUCUACAGAUCAGGACAGUGAACCAGAUGAACUCAUUUACAGAGUCACCAAACAGCCCCAGCUCGGCCAUCUAGAACAUUCCAGCAAACCAGGAACACGGAUCAGCACAAUUUCACAGACAUUCUAUAUCAGCAUCCGGCCGGUGGACGAUUCUCUGCCCAUCCUGCAGGUGCCAGGGAUGAGGGUGCAGGAAGGAGUGAGGAAGACCAUCACUGAGUUUGAGCUGAAGGCUACCGAUGCUGACACAGAGGAGGACUCUGUUACGUUCACUAUCGUUCAGGCUCCUCGUCACGGGACCAUUGAGCGCACAAGUAAUGGUCAGCAUUACCGUCAGACCAACACCUUCACUAUGGACGACAUCUAUCAGAACCGCAUCAGUUACAACCAUGAUGGCAGUAACUCCCUCAAAGACCGAUUCACCUUCACUGUCGGUGAUGGCACCAACAUGUUCUUCAUCAUCGAAGAGGGUGGAAAAGAGGUUGUCACCGCUGCUCCACAAAAGUUUAAAAUCGAUAUUUUACCUGUUGAUGACGGGACCCCUCGUAUUGUCACCAACCUGGGCCUGCAGUGGCUGGAGUACAUGGAAAAUAAGGCCACCAAUCUGAUCACCAAGAAAGAGCUUCUCACUAUUGAUCCGGACACAGAUGAUGGACAGCUGACUUAUGAAGUCACUACAGAAGCUAAACACGGCUACCUGGAGAGUAAACUCAAUCCUGGCAAACCUAUCACCUCUUUUACGCAAGCUGACAUAAACCUGGGCCUUAUCCGAUACGUUCUGAGUGAGGACAAUGUUCAAGAGACCAUGGACAACUUCAGGUUCUUUGUGAAGGACAGCAAACCCAACAUUGUCAGUGACAAUGUGUUUCACAUCCAGUGGUCUCUUAUCAGCUUUGAGCACAAGAGCUACAAUGUGAGUGAAAAAGACGGAACCGUUGCGGUCACAGUGAAGAGGACCGGGAAUCUGAACCAGUAUGCUAUUGUGCUGUGUCGAACCGAGCAAGGCACUGCCACCUCCACCUCCAGCAUGGGCUCUCGGGCCGGACAACAGGACUAUGUUGAGUAUGCUGGACAAGUUCAGUUUGAUGAGAGAGAAGACACCAAGGUAUGCACCAUUGUGAUCAAUGAUGACCAGGUCUUUGAGAACACUGAGAGCUUUAAUGUGGAGCUGAGUAUGCCAGUGUACGCCCUGCUGGGGUCAGUGACCCGCGCUAAAGUCAAUAUCAAUGACACAGAGGAUGAACCCACCCUGAAGUUUGAUAAGAAGACCUACCAUGUCAAUGAGAGCACAGGCUUUAUCUUUGCUCCUGUUGAAAGAAAUGGUGACACCAGCAGCACAGUCUCAGCCCUCUGCUACACUGUGCCUAAGUCAGCCCGGGGCAGCAGCCUGCACGCUCUCGAGUCCGGCUCUGACUAUAAGACCCGUGGCAUGAGCAGUGACAACAGAGUCAUCUUUGGCCCAGGUGUGAGCAUGUCUACCUGUGAUGUAAAGCUGAUUGAUGACAGUGAGUAUGAACUCUCUGAGGAGUUUGAGCUGGUGCUGUCGGACGCCUCGGAGAAUGCACGGAUGGGUGAUGUCACUGUGGCUAAAGUCAUUAUAGAUGGGCCAAAUGAUGCCUCCACUGUCUUCCUGGGCAACGCGUCCUUCACCUUCAGUGAAGAUGCAGGCACCAUUGAAAUCCCUGUUCUGCGGCAGGGCAGUGACCUUUCCUCAGUAACCUCUGUGUGGUGUGCCACACGUCCUGCUGAACAAGAUUCGGCCACGCCCAGUGUUGACUACAUCCCGAGUUCCAAAAAGGUGGAGUUUAGACCAGGCAAGACCGAGGAGACAUGUAGUUUGACCAUAAUGGAUGACAUUCAGAACCCGACAAUCGAAGGGAAAGAAUGCUUCAUUGUGUUUCUUAGUUCUCCCAACGGAGCGGUCCUGACUGAACCAUAUGAAGCCUCUGUCUACAUCACUGACACCACCCAAGACAUACCUAGCAUGCAGUUUGAAAAGCUGGCGUAUACGGUGAAGGAAAAAGAUGGUGUCCUGCACAUCCCAAUUUUUAGGACAGGAGAUCUGUCCUAUAAGUCUUCUGUCCGUUGCUUCACACGCACAAUGUCUGCUAUGGUGAUGGAUGACUUCGAGGAGAGGAGAAAUGCUGAUGAUUCCAGGAUCACCUUCCGGAAAGGGGAAAAGGUGAAGAAUUGUACCAUAUUGAUCCAGGAUGACUCUGUGUUUGAGCCUGAAGAGGAGUUCCAGGUCCACCUUGGAAGCCCACAGGGUGACCACUGGAUUGGAGCCAUGAUUGGAGUCAACGACAUUGUGACUGUGACCAUAACAAAUGAUGAAGAUGCACCUACGAUCGAGUUUGAGCAAGCCUCAUACCAAGUUUGUGAGCCCCCCGGUCCAGAUGGAAUUGAGGUUUUGAAUAUCAAGGUAAUCCGUAAAGGAGACCUUGACCGCACAUCCAAGAUCCGAUGCAGCACAAGGGAUGGAUCAGCCCAGUCAGGCGUAGACUAUAACCCCAAGAGUCGAGUCCUUAAGUUCAGCCCUGGUGUGGACCACAUCAUGUUUAAGGUAGAGAUCCUGUCCAAUGAAGAUAGAGAGUGGCAUGAAUCUUUCUCAUUGGUCCUUGGUCCAGAUGACCCUGUUGAAGCGGUGCUUGGACAGAUCACCAUGGCAACAGUCACCAUCCUAGAUCAGGAAGCUGCAGGAAGUCUCAUCCUUCCAGCCCCACCCAUUGUGGUGUCUCUGUCAGACUAUGACUAUGUCCAGGAGGUCACUAAAGAGGGCAGUAAGAAAUCUCCAUCUCCUGGAUAUCCUCUGGUCUGUGUGACUCCCUGUGACCCCCAUUACCCCAAAUACUCAGACAUGAGAGAACGCUGUGAGGAGGCAGGCAUCAACCAGACCUCCGUCCACUUCAGCUGGGAGGUCGCAACUCCCACAGACACCAGCGGAGCACGAUCACCCUUUGAGACAGUGACGGAUAACACACCUUACACCACAGUCAAUCACAUGGUUCUGGACAGUAUCUAUUUCAGCAGACGUUUCCAUGUGCGUUGCGUAGCUCAGGCCAGAGAUAAAGCUGGGCACCUGGGAACACCACUGAGGAGCAACAUUGUCACUAUUGGCACUGAGGGAUCAAUAUGCCACACUCCCGUCACCACAGGAACCGCUCGGGGAUUUCAGGCCCAGUCCUUUAUUGCCACUCUAAAAUAUUUGGAUGUCAAACACAAAGAGCAUCCAAACAGGAUCCAUAUCUCAGUGCAGAUCCCUCAUCAGGAUGGAAUGCUUCCAUUGGUGUCCACCAUGCCUCUGCAUAACCUACACUUCCUGCUCUCUGAGUCUAUUUACCGUCAGCAGCACGUCUGCUCCAACCUGGUCACACUUAAAGACCUGCAUGGCAUCUCUGAAACCGGCUUCUUGGAUGAUGUGUCGUAUGACAGCAUAUCCCUGGGUCCCGGAUAUGACCGUCCAUACCAAUUCAACCCUAGUGUUCGAGAACCCAGAAGCAUCCAGCUAUACAAGCAUCUCAAUCUGAAGAGCUGCAUAUGGACAUUUGAUGCGUAUUAUGACAUGACAGAGCUUAUUGAUGUAUGUGGAGGAUCAGUAACUGCUGACUUUCAGGUCAGAGACUCGACUCAGUCGUUCCUGACGGUGCAGGUGCCGCUCUACGUGUCCUAUAUCUAUGUGACGGCUCCUCGUGGAUGGGCCUCCCUAGAGCACCACACAGAGAUGGAGUUCUCCUUCUUCUAUGACACGGUCUUGUGGAGAACAGGCAUCCAGACAGACAGCGUGCUGUCAGCUAGAUUACAGAUCAUUCGGAUCUUCAUUAGGGAUGACGGACGACUGGUGAUUGAGUUCAAAACCCACGCCAAGUUUAGAGGUCAAUUUGUCCCUGAUCAUCACACCCUCCCUGGACAGAAAUCUCACCUGAUGGCUCCAGAUCACUUGGGAGGCAUUGAAUUUGACCUGCAGCUAAUGUGGAGUGCACAGUCCUUUGAUUCACCCUACCAGCUCUGGAGAGCCACAAGCUCCUACAGCAGGAAAGACUACUCUGGGGAGUACACAGUCUUCCUCAUCCCCUGCACAGUACAGCCAACCCAGGCAUGGGUCGACUCUGGGGAUAAGCCUCUUUCCUGCACGGCCCAUGCUCCAGAGAAAUUCCUGCUGCCCAUCGCCUUCCAGCAGACGAACCGCCCUGUUCCUGUAGUCUACUCCCUGGAUACUGAGUUCCAGCUUUGUAAUAAUGAAAAAGUCUUUCUAAUGGAUCCUGCUCUCGCAGACAUGUCUGUUGCUGAGAUGGACUAUAAAGGAGCCUUUUCGAUGGGUCAAACGCUGUAUGGCAGAGUGUUGUGGAAUCCUGACCAGAACUUGAAUUUGGCCUACAAGCUGCAGCUGGAGAAAGUAUAUUUGUGUACAGGGCGGGAUGGCUAUGUACCCUUCUUCGACCCCACAGGCACCUUGUAUAACGAAGGCCCUCAGUAUGGCUGCAUUCAACCGAACAAGCACCUCAAACACAGGUUCCUGCUUCUGGACCGGAAGCAGCCUGAUGUCUGUAACCGCUACUUCCAUGAUGUUCCAUUUGAAGCCAACUUUGCAUCUGACAUUCCUGAUCUCCAGUCCUUGUCUGCGAUGCCUGGUGUAGACGGUUUCACAAUGAAGGUGGAUGCCCUUUAUAAGGUUGAGGCAGGGCACCAGUGGUACCUCCAGGUCAUCUACGUUAUUGGACCGGAGUCCAUAUCUGCUCCCAGAAUCCAGCGCUCAGUGACCUAUGAGCUCAAGCGAAGUCGCCGAGAUCUGGUGGACCGUUCAGGUCAUCUAAUGCUGGAUGAAUCACUGAUCUACGACAAUGAAGGUGACCAGGUAAAGAAUGGCACCAACAUGAAGACCUUGAAGCUUGAGGUGGAACCAUCGGGCACCUUCAAUCCCCAGAUGGGAGGAUCCAUUGGGGGGGGCAUGGCAGCCAUCGUCCUACUUCUCCUGGUCCUUCUAGCCUUCUGCUUCAUGGUCAGAAAGUGCCGCAGGGUUGUAAAAAAGAGGCCUACGAAGGCAGCGGAGGAUUAUCCUCUGAACACGAAGGUGGAGGUCUGUAUAGAACGUCUGGAGAAAAACCUCAACAGCAAGUACUGCUCUGUAAAAAAUGUCAAUGUCCUCAACAAGAACCCAGAGACCUACAAGAUCAAUGGGGUCAAGGUCAAACAGGUCAACCUGGAGGUCAAACUACACAACAACCUGAAUGACGGCACUGAAGUCUGACCUUCUAGAGUAUUUAAUGAGAAAAAGAAACAUUUUCUAUGAAUAUUUGUAAUGACAUUAAUGUAUUUUUGUAUGGCCAUGAGGAUAAAAGGGAAAGUAUGCUUGCCAGCUAUGCAGUGUAAAUCAUUUCACAACUGAGCUACCUCAAACAUUAAUGAGCAACACAUUAUGGGGUCAUCAGAUCUUAUGUUUCAAAUCUCAGUUUUAAAUCAUAGCUCUGUCUAAGAAUCAUAUAAUGGCUCAGUGGUAGCUCAGCCACUUUGUUUAAAGGGAUGGAGAGUUUGUAUCGCUGCACCUGCUGUUUUGUCAUGUCAGUAAAAACACAUGAAAGUAUUAAAGGAAGGAUGAGUGCCAACACUUUUGACAGGGUGAGUGAUGUAAAUAUGUUUAUUAAGUGCAAUUAUUGGAUGACAUGGUCAUCCCUGUAUUUUAAUUUGGCUUUUGAUGCUCUGCCUCAUUGUGUAAUUUACUUUUGGCCUGAUCACCGAUGUGCCAUGCUGAUAUUUGUCAAGUGCGAUUUAUUUAAUUCCAAAUCCGAAUAGACUGCCCAAAGUGAUGCAUUUGUCAGUUCAUGUAAGUAGUUGGUACAUGUAAAUGAUAAAUUGUAUGAAAAUAGAUUUGAUAACCACUAUUGAUUUGUAAUCACUCUACUGACUCAAUUGAAAUGCUGUAACCUCUAUUAUUUUACAACAUUGGACAACAAAAUCUAUUUUUGUUUUAUAUGACUGCUGUCUAUACUGAUAUAACCAAACACUACCAAAAAUCUUCACGUUUUUUUUUUAAAGAUUAUCCACCUCAUGUUAUCCUGCAUUAUUUAGUCUUGUAUUAAUGUCACAUCAUGUAUUACGUAAGGCACAUCUAUAGUUUCUAUCAUUUAUUUACUCAAAUGUUCUGUAAUGUUGUAUCAAGUCAUCACUUGUUACAUGGUGCUGAUUUGAUCAAGAAUAUCCAGAAUCUUUAAAGCACUGGGUGUAGGGUGGGUAAAGCUACGAUUAUUACUUCAUGAUCAGUCUAAGUGUCUCAGUGAGUGCCUAUCAAACAGACAGUUUUUGGAUAUAUCAGAUUUUGGUGCUAUCAUUUAGGGUAAAAUAACAUGAUGCCUGUACUUGUGCCUUUCUAG